AACUAGAUGUGAAACGUACAGUGUGUGACUGCGGAGGGAGAACACGCCCCUCGCGCUCCAUUCAGCACCGCCGCGCGGACGGACCCUCGAUCGCGGUUCCCACCUUGACCCGAGAUACAUCGUAAUUAUGAGAUUUGGCUGAGACUCUGACAAUAACCUUAUCACCGCCAACGUCAACCCCAUUCGCUGGGGUGGGGUUGUAAAAUAAAACUACGAUCAGAUGUAAGGAUUUUUACUGCCGCCACUUGGAGUCGGACUCCGGAUCGUUCUCUGCGGUUCCGUGUUUCCAUCAUCAGCGGUCCGCGCUGCUCGCUCCCCUCGCCCGUCCUGCUGAGCUCGUCUCCGCUCGAACCUGUGCUAAAUGAACGCGCUAGUCAUUACAUCGGUGCCCGGCUUAUAAAUAAGAAGCAGAAGAAGAAAAGAAAAAAAAACAAAACGAUCGCGUUUCUUUCUCCUAUAAUGCCGAGACAUUUGCGAUUCCCGAGAAGGUCAUUCCUGGGGCUCUUAUUCCUCUUCUCUCUGUCCACGUCCGCGCUCUACUUCAUCUACUCCGCACCUGGCAUCGUGAAUGAGUACCUCUUCAUGGUCCAAGCCCGAGGGGUCCAGAUCAGGGAGAAUGUCCGAAGCAUCGGGGUGCAGGUCCUGGAGCAGGUGGUCCGAGGAGCCUACAGCAACGGCACAGAUUACACCUAUGACUUCAAUCUCAGUGAGCCGCACUUUCAGACAACCACCUACCUCCCCGAUGGCUUCACAUACCACCCAGACCAAAAAUGCCCGGAGAAGCUACCCUCAAUGAAGGGACCUGUAGAUGUGAAUAUGAGUGAGGUGACCCUCCUGGAGGUGGAGAAGACCCUCCUAGAGGCAGACCGCAGCCUUGGCCAGGGAGGCCACUGGAAGCCCCAGGACUGCCAGCCACGCUGGAAGGUGGCCAUCCUGGUCCCCUUCCGGAACCGCCACGAGCACCUCCCCAUCUUGCUGCGGCACCUCAUCCCCGUACUGCAACGCCAGCGGCUCCAGUUUGCCUUCUAUGUUAUUGAGCAGGCAGGCAAUGAGCCUUUCAACCGUGCCAUGCUCUUCAACGUGGGCUUCCGGGAGGCCAUGAAGGACAUGGAUUGGGACUGCAUGAUCUUCCACGACGUAGACCACAUACUGGAGAAUGACCGCAACUACUAUGGCUGCGGGAAGAUGCCACGACACUUUGCUGUGAAGCUCAACAAGUACUCGUACACGCUGCCGUACAACGAGUUCUUCGGUGGGGUCAGCGGACUCACCGUGCAGCAGUUCCGUAGGAUAAAUGGCUUUCCAAAUGCCUUUUGGGGUUGGGGUGGUGAAGACGAUGACCUCUGGAACAGGGUGCAGUUUGCCGGGUACAGUGUGAGCCGGCCGCCAGGGGACAUAGGCCGCUAUAUGUCCAUCCCCCACCAUCACCGUGGAGAGGUGCAGUUCCUGGGCAGGUACCGACUUCUUCGGCGGUCCAAGGAGAGGCAGGAUGUGGAUGGACUUAACAAUCUAAAUUACGCCCCCCGCGUGACACGCAACCCCCUCUACACUAACAUCACCGUCCACCUGACUAGGGAGCUGGCGCCAGUGGCUGACUACUGACUUGGCCCUCUGACUCGGCUGAAGGCAAGCGGCCAAAAGUGCUGAACAGUCGACGACCACAGUUCUAGGAACAAUCAUCUUCCAAAAGUCUCAUCACCUCUUUAAGGGAAGCUGGUUAUCUUUUCUUGAAGGUGACAAAUCGUCGAUACAUCAGCGAAAACAAGGAUUCAACAUGAUGCUUAAUUUGCUGUGGACUUUAGAUGUUAGUUUUGUCGGGUGUUCUUCUGCUACUGAUCAGUAUGUGUCACUCAUCGCUUCUGACUCUGCAGCAGAACCCUGGUUUGGGGUUACACCAAGAGGCUUCACCUGGCGCCUUUUACACGUUCGCCUGCUACGUCCAUUCAUGGCUUCCGCUCAGUGGAGAGUUCGGCUUCCUUUCAGUUAAGCGCACCAUAUUCAGCGGCUGGUGGCCUGAGGCCACUUCCUCACGUAAAACGUCACCGUUCCGAGAAGUCGCUUAAUAAGGGCCAAAAAAAACAAGAAAAAAGACACAAUUAACAAUGCACGUGAGUAAUGCAUGCAAGCAAACCUCAAGCUGUUUGUUCAGUCUAGUGGAAAUCCACCGGGACAUUCGCAGACGCACCUGGGGAGGAGACCAGGACGACCUCUGCACCCCCCUAACCCCUUCUCGCAGCCUCCCCUUCAGUUCCACACCAGGUUGUUAUGGCAGUGCAGUUCCUGCCAUCCCACAUGGCGGGAGGACCUAUGCUCAGGUGAUACACCACUUUUGCGAUGAGUAUCUCUAGUGACCAGCGAGCAAUGUCAAGAACACAGAAUCCACUGAAGGCUUCCUCUGUUUGGAGGUCAUGAAUGGCCCUACUGUUGGGCGUUCUGACAUAAUGCAGAGGCUCAUUAAAGUCUCCCUGCUGAAAGGGGGCUGGUGACCCUGGAACACUGUACUGGGAGGAUAUUGCAAACCCAAGCCCCGUGGUGAGGUGAUUACCGCACAACACGGAAGAGUGCCCCCGACCAACCCCAGCCAACUGGACUCGCCCACGAGACCAACGCAGAACUGUGGGCAGGUCUUCCUGUAUCUGGGGAGCUCUCCAACCACCUUGCAAAUCUCACCUGUGUGCACAUAGAAACUGAUGACCUAUGAGGCGCCUCUCUGCCCGAUGACAUGUGAACAGAAACCAGCGUGCGGUACGGCACGAUGUCUGUCCCGCGUACUCAUUCUCCUCAAAAAACGUACUGGUUAGAUGAUAACCCUCUGUUGUAACAGUCAGUACUCCAGCCACCCCGUAAUCACUGUCUACAUUUGUGUCUCAGUGCGUUCUUGGCCGUUUCCCUCCUUUUUCCAGUAGCUUUGAAUAGCAAGGAAGUCUCAGCCCGACUGGGUCGAUCAAAAUUGGUUUUUUCGGGUCAUCAAAAAUAUGACAGCGCAAUCGUGAAAAGUUGGACAGACUUUACACAGAGUUGCCUACACCCACUGUGUUUACGGUGUGUUUUUCCGUCCGUCUUCUAAGCGGUAUCGGCGGUCUCCGUCACCCGUGGGAGACAAAUACUAAAAAGCAACGCAGCGAACCCGUUUCGCACAGGCCCCGUCACGUUAUUACAGAGCUGUGAGUCGAACACGAUUUCGUUUUAAUUUACCGUUUUUAAACUUUUUCCUUUUUUUCUGCAGAAUCAAGAAAAGAAGGUUUUCUUUAUUUAUUUAGCUUUGGUGAAUGACAGAUUACCUUGUAACUGUGUACACUUUAGUGAGAAAAAGUGAUGAGCAGAACAGUCAAAGCAAUUUUAACUGUUGUCCCGCAUUUCUUUGUCUAAUGUUAACAUUGUUUACAUCUGAACUUGCAUGCACCCAAAGUAGAUUGUUAGCAUUAGUUGCACAGCUGCUGCAAGUCCCGUUGCGGUGGUAGUUAGUGGAGUCACCGGACGCCGGGCGCAUUUUUUCCCGGCCAGCCCGUUGCACUCCGCUCUCCGACCGCUGGUCCCACUGCAAGAGACACAGUUUGUGCAUUUUUAAACGUAAAGUUGAGGAUAUAUCCUACGGAAUUAAAUGUGCUCCGCUAAUAUGUGUAGAAUAUGUACGUCUGUGUGUGUGGUGUUGUCUCUUUUUAAUUUUUUAAAAAUUUUUCACGUGACACGCUCCC